CUAGACCCCUCCAAUAUUUUCUCUUCGUCCAUUUAUUACAAGUCUAAAGGAUAUCCAUUUCACCUUCGAAGCAUUAUAAACCAUUCAAUCCAACAAAAUGCCGUCCGUCAAGAACCCCAACGGGCCUUCUAAGAACCGUCUCGUCGCCCGCGCUGCCAAAGCCAGGAAGCAGAACCAAAAGCGCAUCAGCACCGCCGCCCUCGACAAGAAAGGCCGAGUCGCCAAAGCAGAUACAAAGCGCGGCGCACGCCCCGGAUUACUGCCGACGAGCGGACCAAAUGCUGCGCUCAGCUCGAAGAAGAGGCGCAAGCUCGAGCGGAAGAUGAACCAUGCCAUGAAGCGCAAGAUGGAGGCCGAGGGUGAGGUUGAGAUGAAAGAUGUACCUGCGGAAGAGGAUAGCGGAAUUUCCAAAGAGGAAAUGGCUGUCGAUACUGAGAACAUCUCGUGAGCGCAUGUUGGCGUUUCACGCCCGAGCUACGGCAUAACACUCUAGACUAGGCCGAUAUUCGACCUGUUUCACGUUGCAGAGGUGUUUCCGCCCAGAUCGAGAAAUUGGGGGGCUGGCACUCUAUGAGAAGUUUAAAUUUCCGCCAGACAUAAAGAGACGGGCUAUUCAUUACGCGUUCACUACACCGAACCUAGUAUAUGGUUCGACCUGUUAGUCAACUGGAGGAGAGAGAUUUGGGG